AUGGCAACUACUAGUGAUUUUUGUGCGGAGUGUGACAUGGGGUAUGGGCACUUCUGGGAAAAGUACGGCACCCAGCCUUCCCUCUUGCUCGAUCUUUGCCGUACACAUGGCCUCAUUUUGGAGGCCAUGAAAUGUCCAAAAUGCGACGGCGAAUGCCGUCGCGAUGAUAAUUUAAAUUCAUUUAGAAAAGUUAGAUGCAAUUUCAAAAAAUCACUUUUUAAGAACACCUGGUUUGAUAAUAGUAAGCUCGAUUUUGAAACUAAUUUAAAAUUUGUAAAUUUGUAUCUGCGAGAGAGGUUUUCUUACGCAUCUGCACGGAGCGAGUUUAAUUUCCCAAACCGGACUAUUUGCGAUUGGGCGAGCUUCUGCCGGGAGGUUUUAAUUUUCUGGUGUUUUGAAAAUCAAUCCGACAAAAUUGGUGGGUCAGGGGAAAUUGUCGAGAUUGAUGAAUCUAAAUUUGGUAAACGAAAGUAUAACGUAGGUCGUGUCAUAGAAGGUCAGUGGGUUUUUGGAGGAGUAUGCCGCAAGAGUAGGGAUUUUUUCCUCGUUGCCGUGGAGACGCGUGACUCUCUCACUUUGCUUAACGUCAUUAAGGAGCGUAUCCACCCAGGGACAACGGUCAUUAGUGAUUGUUGGAAGGCAUACAACUGUUUAGAAAAAGAGGGCUAUCAACAUUUAACUGUGAAUCAUUCAUAUAAUUUUGUUGACCCCAAAAGUAAAGCGCACACAAACACGAUCGAGCGGAAAUGGAGGGAAGCGAAGAUCAAAGUGCCCCGCUUCGGCAGGAGGACAUACCACUUCGCCGGGUACUUGGCUAAGGCCAUAUUUCAAAUGAAGUACCCGGCGGAGAACAAAAGAUUCCAUCAGUUCCUCCUUGCCGCAGCUCGCCUGUACCCUCCGCACUGACGGUAUGUGUUAAAUGUAUUGAUAA